AUAGUUUGCCUGCGAAGGAAUAUUGAGGAAACCACUCUUUAUUCUAAAUAUAUACUUCCCUUUCUAUUCAUUGAAAUAUUUAUCAGACUCAUACAAACAUUUUUCGUACGAAUUAUACGCAAUGAAAAAUUUCAUUUGGUAACUAAUUUAUUAUGGUCCGAUAAACUAAAAAAACCAUCCGUUCUUCGUUAUCCUUUUAAUUUAGGCAUCAGGUGCGUAUAUUUACUUUUUUUACUGCUCGAACUCAAAGAGCGAUAGUAGUUAUAUAAUUGUCUUAUUAUUUCAACUUGUCACCGUCUUGGAGUUUAAAUGGUAGAAGAUAUCAACUGCCGGUCUUUGAUGACCCCCAAUAAAAAAAAGAAUAUCUCCAGACGUUUUUUUUCUCUCCCCCACCCUUCAAAAACGAUGUUAUUUUCGGUUUUUCUCAAAAUUGACCAAAGCUUUUUGAAUGAUUUUCGGAUAUGUUUUAGAGGUAGUCCAGGCGAACAUUUCGUCCAAACCUAUGAUCGGAAAAUUCGCGAUUUUGAAUUAUUGAUGGUCAUAAGUCAACAACUUUGGAGAGUCCAUUUUUCAACCGAUUUGGUUCAAUUUGAAUUUUUUAAAAAGAUAUUGAAAUUUCGAUCCCGGCUGCAACGGUAUUUAUCGGUAAUGAAUCGGUUAAGUACAGAUUUUAUUGAUUUUCAAAUGCUCUUGUGAUUUAUGAAUCAAUUCGGACUCUAGUAGACCAGUAAGUACCAAAAGAUCAUGCGAAAAACUAAUUCACAGAAAGUUCUAUCUCGUGAGUUCUACCAUUCCGCAAAGCUGGCACGCUUUGUGAUCUCUUUUAAACUCUUUUCGCUUUUAAAAUUCACAUUUUUAAAUGUGAUUUAUAGCACCCAUUUUUACAAACUGGGGAAAUUGUCCAGUUUUUAAAAUACAAUGCGCAGUCACAUUUAUUCAGAAACAUAAGAAAAAUUUAGGCAUUACGAAGCUUGUGAUCGUACGAAUCAUGAGCACUUUUCCCUAUCACUAAAAUAAUUUAUAAAGAAACUCUGCUUCUCUUUGAGAUAAAAAGAAAUGACAAUAAACAAAUGGGUUAAGAAUGUAAUUAUUUCGAUUUCAAUUACAUUAAAUUGUUUUUACUGAAAUAUUUCCAGGUAUAUUUUACCGGCUUCUAUUUUCUUGAAAUACAAAUAAAUAAUAAAUUAAUAGCGUUUCAUUUAAAAUAAACAGGUACAAAUUGAAACAUGCAAAUUUAAAUUAUUAGUCUGUUUUUCUCAUUCUCACAUUUUUCCAUGAAUAUCACGAAUUUUCUGGUGACAGAGGACAUGAUAGUGACUAAACAUUCUUUUUUUCUUGCUUGAAAAAAAGAUUUUUUAGCAUACAGAACUGUGCUUAAUUCUGAGAGAUUGCGUGAGAUAGACAGUCUGUGAAUGUUUAUCAGUGAAUUUUUAUAUCAAUGAAACAACACAUUUCCUACAAUUGAGACAUUAACAACACUGUGCGGAUUUUCUCUGUGACAUCUCUCUUUCCACUGAAUCUAUGAUAUUAAGUAAUAUCACUGUUAAUAAAUCUCUGAGAGAGUUCUGUAUGUUCUAGUGCUGUGCAAUUUGCCUUGAGAGGCAAUUUCCCGGAUUGAAUUACAACCAAGACAAAAAGUGGAAUAAUUUGUAAGACAUGGAGGUGAAUAAUAAAGUGAGUAAAUUUCGGAUGUACUUACCCCAGAUUCUAGCUAGUACAGCUAAGAAUCUCCUGAUCCUGGACAUUGGAUUGGCUGUGGCAUUUCCAACAAUUGCCAUUCCACCACUCCUUGGCACCGUUGAGGGCCAAGAAGAUGAGGUGUUUCACUUUACAGCUGAAGAAGCUUCUUGGUUUGGAUCUCUUGCCUUUAUCUGUACUCCCAUUGGAAGUAUUUUAUCUGGAUGGGUGACUGAACCAAUUGGCAGAAAAAAUGCCAUGAUUAUUGUAAAUUUGCCACAUAUUGCUGCUUGGUUGCUCCUGCACUUUGCCACAUCUGUACCACAAAUGUACCUAUCGGCAAUUCUUUUGGGACUUGGAACAGGAUUCAUGGAAGCUCCUGUUGUCACUUAUGUCGGAGAGAUUUGUCAACCAUCUAUAAGAGGAAUCUUGACUUCUUGUGCAGGAGUUGCAGCAACCCUGGGCUUCUUCCUAGGAUACCUUCUUGGGACAAUAGUUACAUGGCGAGAAGUAGCGCUCAUUUGUCUGACAAUCCCAGUGUUCACAGUCAUAGCUAUUUGUUUCGUUCCCGAAACCCCCCUUUGGCUACUUUCCCGGGGUCGUGAGAAGCAAGCCCGGAAGUCUUUGCAAUGGCUCCGAGGCUGGGUCAAACCAGAGGUUGUCGAGAAGGAAUUUCUAGAACUCCAGCGCUACAGCACUAACAGUAAUCGAUGCAAUCCCUGUCAGAAGAGUGACCAAACAUGCACCCAUCCCCCACCGACUCUCAUCGAGAAGAUGAAGGAACUGAUCAGAAAGAGAUCUCUUAAGCCCAUGUUUAUUGUCACCAUGUUCUUUUUCUUUUGCCAAUUUAGCGGUAUGUCCGGAAUGCGACCAUACCUUGUGCAAAUCUUCCAAGCAUAUGGUGCUCCUGUAAAUCCCAAUUGGGCAACAGUUGUCACGGGACUACUGAAAUUCCUGGCCAAUAUUGUUUGUACAGUUGGCGUAAAGUUCAUUGGGAAGAGACUUAUUUCUCUGGUAUCAAUUGCUGGAACAGCAAUCUGUUGCAUUGCUAUUGGAUUCUAUGCUAAUAUAGUCCUACCACCUGGAUGGAGCUCUUUUGAUAAACAUACGAAUGUUCCUGGAGAUGGAACUUUCCCCAUGGUGAUGUUCUUUGCCCUAUCCUUCAUCACAAGCGUAGGAAUGAUCCCUGUACCUUGGAUGCUACUCAGCGAAGUAUUCCCAUUCAAAUCAAGGGCCACAUCAGCAGGAAUUGUAGCUGCACUCUGCUACAUCAUGAUCUUCAUAUCGACCAAAACCUAUUUGAAUUUGGAACGUAGUUUAGGUUUGGAUGGAACAAUUUGGUUUUAUGGCAUUGUAGCUGUUUUGGGCUUCCUAUUCUUCUACUUCUUCCUACCAGAGACUGAAAAUCGCUCCCUCGAAGACAUUGAAAUACAUUUUUCCACACAAAAACUUACAAAUAUCGAUAUUAAGAAAAAAUCAUCCGAAGACUCAAAUGUAGUUGAAAAGAAGACCGAUCCAAGUGUAGAGAAUGGUUUAAGUGGCUGUGACAAUAAAGCGUAUACCGACAAGUAUUAAGCUAUUUAAUAGAAGAGUGUGACAAAAUAAACGUGGAGGAUAGAGAAGAAAAUAUUGUAGAAAUUUGCAUAAAUGAAAUUUCGCAUUUUUUGUACAAAAAAAACUAAAUAAAUAAAAGAAAAUUGUUGAGACAAAACUUGUACCAUAGAUACAUGCAAAUAAAUUAUUUGCAUGCGGCAAUGUAUAUAAGAGUUAUAAAUAAAAUGGUAUAGAAAAUAAUAUAAAA